AUGGCUGUUUCUCAACUCUACGCUGUUAUAAAACUGUAUAAUCUAUCUUAUCGCACUGAAUUAUCCUUUUGCGUGUCAUUUAGUUGCCGUUCAUGGCCAUGGCCUCUUUCUGUAAACCCUUGUCCUUUUCGGACAGUAACAUACUUACGCUACACAUGUUUCAUUGCUUUAUCUCAAGAAUUGCAAGUUCAACCUCAACGCUUCCGAUUUUACUGUCUGGUCAAUGCAUUGCGCACUUUAACAGAGGACCCUUCUCUUCUUUUGUUAAGAAAUGUAUUCAUUGAUUUUUACUUUUACGCCUUUGCUUGCUUGGCCAGGCAAUUGAAAGUUCACAGUAUUAUUAUCCUGCCUUCAUUUCCAAUAUUUUACCUUCCAACGGUCAAGAUGUUCUCAAAGGCUAUGUCAUGUGAGAAUUGUAUUAGAUCACUUAUAGCAAAAGUGAUUCAAAAUGAUAGCGUACCUCAGUCUUCCACUACUUCCCUUGCUAGCAAAAAAAACAAGAAGUAUGAUUUGUAUACUACACCAUUUGUUUAUGGAAAGCCCAAUGGCUAG